CCUGCUUCAGUAUGCCACUGGUGGCGUCCCCGGAGCAGAACAGCAGCGCCGUGACUCGGGAUUCGUGGGUUCCCACACCGAAGCCUGCAAGAGGCCAGAACUUUAACAUGGCUCCGAUGGUACCAGACAUGUCGGACUGCUCCAUGGGUUUGUCGAUGCAUUCGAGAUCAGAAAAUGCUUCCUACGGAGCACACGCUCUAGCUUGCGAUCCAAGAAUAGACGUCUUGAACGCAGGUUCACAAGGAGGCUGCUUUGCCCAGCAUUCUGAUGCUUUACAGGACGCUCAAAUGACUGUAACACCCAUUCUCGGUGGACCGUCAACUCCUUUACAGAUCUGUGGUGUUCGGGACUAUAAUGUUGUGGCCACAGAUGCCCAAUUUCGAGUGACCCAGCAGCAACAAUGCGCACCUUCGGCUUCUACAACUGAGCGUCACGCAGCACCAGAGUCGGUGCCUGUUGGCGUCUAUGAACUGAUCAGACGCCAGGACGAGCAGUUACUGGAGCUCAGACUUCAGAUCCAACGCCUCCUGUGUCCUUCGCAAGAACAGUCAGGGCCACCAAUCCUACCUCUCCAACCACCGGCUAAUGAGAAUGGCAAGAAUAAUGAAAAGCCAACUUGCAACGCUGGCACCAUGACGGAAGCUACCACACAACUGGUGCAUCGAUCUGUCCAAACAGAUAAGACUGCAAUGGAGAGCUCUUCCAGUGGAAAGGGCUGCUGUUUUUGCCCCCAUUGCAAGCAAGAACAGCGUGCAUCAGAAAUCCCGGAACGCGACACCGAUUACACCAUCUUCUUUCCUGAAAAGUCCCCACACUUGGCGCAGCGGCUUACCCACAAGCCUAGUCCAAGAACACCACUUACCAUAUCACAGAGACAACCUGCCGACUGUCUCCAGCGACCUGGGCUUGUGCACAGCAAGACUUCCGGUCUGCUGAUGACGCCCACUGCUUCGUUUGGGGACGAUCCCUCUCUGCUGCCUGACAGGUUGAAAAAAAGGGGAGCUUCCCAGGAAACAACGGCAUCGUCUUCCGCAGAGACGUUCAUUCAUCCACGGUUGCAGUACGAAGAGUCCCGGCUGAGCGCUCAGCGGCGUGACGAGCUGAGCUUCCAGGUGGACCGCAUCGCACACAAGUACUGCCCAGACGGAGCUGGCUUAUCGGCAUCCCCAUUGGCCAAGGGCACGGUGCCGCUGUCGCACGAUGCCCAGGCCUAUCUGCAAAACUACGGACUUGACUCUCGCAGGGCACGAGACGACACCGUAGGAAGAACGGACAGCAUGGAGCGCAUUCUAGACAUCAGCGCACUCAGGAGGCUGCCCAAGUUGCUUUAAGUCUCCAGGACAAGUGGUUUGUAAGAGUGUUGUACAGGUAAACAUAAACUUCUUAGCGUUUUUAGAAUUUUAUCUUAAUGUCUAGUUUAUUACUUCUGAUGAGAAGCCCUAUUUGCAGUAACAGGGGGCUUUGUACGGGUUCCUGUGUCUUCCCAGUUCUAUGUGAUAUUUUUUGGCUGAUGUAGAUAAGGCUUUGGACGAUAAUUUGAGUGGGGUGAAGA